GCCGUUGCACCACAACACGCAACUUUCGCUUCCAUACGAGGCGUUUUUCACGAAAUCACUCCUCAUCUUUUUGGUUGUGUAGAUGUCGAUGUGUUUACGCGUUUUAUAGCUUAUCUGCUUGUGCUGGUUCUUCUGGUUGUGUUUUUCUGUAGCUUCAGCAAAGACGAAGCACUCAAGAACUUGCGCGAAUGAUGGGACGACGAGGCCUGUCUUCAAUUUACAAAUAGACAAAUCAAGAAUGAACAUCAUCUCUACGACUACUUACGAGUAAGUGUACGUGCUGUAUUGCUAUUGGGCUCAGUUUCCUGAUAUAUCAUGACCCGGAAUAUCGGUAAAGGUAGACCCUCAAGCAGGUCAUGCACAUGCUUCUUCCAAUUUUUGUUUUUUGCAAUCCAAUCUCACGCUUACUUUUUGUGGAUACUAUGACUAUGGUCCGUUUCGCAUGCGAAAAAUAGCGAGAAGUUUUUUAGAGACAUAAUCACCCAACCUAGACCGUGUCGGUUCAUGUUGACGGCAGCGUUUCAUCUGGCUGAAGUUUCGGUUUUUAUGAAAUACCAAUCGCGGUAUCUACAGGCAGAGGGUAAGGGUUGUCGGAUACAUGCAGACAUUAAUCGAAGUCAAGAUAUCAGUUUACUGCUGCUAGUUCUCUAGUAAUACAAGUUAGUAUGUGGUAGUUGUAGUUUAUCCAACUGCAAUUUGCUUUUACUGCUUGCACCUGGAGAGUUGAAAUUCUUUUUCCUGCACUUCGCAACUUUAUUCAAAGUGAGAAAAAACUACGUGUCGGAUUUGUUUGUAUCAUAAUUUUUGGCCAGCCGUCUGUUGAGGAGUUUCCAGUUUGGGUCUGUUGUAUCUUCAAUACACCUCCAGUGGUGCUCGUAUCUGUUUCCGGAGCAACGAAAAAAUCUGUCUCUUUCCACCUGUCGCUCGGAAAAUGUCCGUUUGUUGUAGACUCGGAGAUUAUGAUUGUACUUAUUUGCGGCAGCACUCAACGACGAUCUACGUGAUGAAGAAUUUUUUAUUACGUAGACAAAAUUUAGAAGUGUAUCUGAACUCUGAAACUUUCGUCUAUUCUCAUACAGAAUCGGCAGCGUUUGCUCGUGCAGCGGACGCACCGAAUCUGGCGAUUCAACAGAACUAGAGUUUCGGGAGGAGGAACGAACUUCUAAAUUUUUUUUGGUUCAGGCUCAGCAUCGAACUUCUGCAUGCCUUUUACGCGACCACCACUUAGCCAGUGGACCAGUAACGGAUUUUUUAUGAAGACGAAAGAAAAAUUACAUUCUGUCGUGGUUGUGCAAGAAAAGCCAAGGCGUAGUGCAGAUGGUAGCACUGUGCGGCCUUUAUAUGGUGCGAUUUAGAAAAAUGAACGACUCUGCAACAUUUGCAUUUCCUCACGUCACGAUUCCGUCUCCAUCAUUUCAUUAACACAGUACAACUAACUUCCAAUUAAAACCCCUAAGUAUACAAACGUCUAUUUUGGCGGUAGUUACAACCGAAACUGUUACUGACUACCCGACACUUCUUGCCCACACGAUACAGCCCGGUGAAGCUAAACCAGUAGUUCAAGGCAUUGCUAAACACCAGAAUGCAGUCGAAUGAAAAUUUCAUCCUUCACUAGUGCGAAAGAAUCAUCUCCACACAGCGGAGGGCGUUCCUCCUGCAGCUCUUCCAUCAUUCACAAGAAAAUUCCUGCUAGAUCUACAUACUUACUUAAGUACAUUCUAACUCUUUUUUUUUCCACGCGACGGCAUCGUUCUUGCGUCAUCGUGUGCUAGCGGUGCGUGCAAUGAAUUUUCGGCAUCGGUCUAGACGCUGUUUCCUAUCGGAGAAUAUUCGAAGUGCCUGCUCGUGGAACACGAACUCAAAUCAACGCUCAUCAAAUCCAAACAACAAUCUUCACUAAAUUGGGAUCGUCUAUAAGUGGGAAAAAUUUUAUUCCACCGACGGCACAUUGAUAUCUCUAAAGCCCCCAAAGUAACCCAAAUCAUAGUGAUUCAAAAUGAGGUCUAGGAAGAUAAAUCGUUUUUUCUCCUUGAGGUAGUUCAUUACCCCCUGGUGGUGGUGUGUGCUCGAAAUAAAGCGGAAUUUUCCGUCGCUCCGUCCUGCAUAAAUGAUUGAGACGGGGCAGCGGUAGAGCUAGCGGUCCCCCCUGCCCAAUCUUCGCGCCAGCUUGCUUUUUAUAUGGACGACAUCAUCUAACCCCUAAAUCAAUUCCCUUCUACCUAAUUCAGCAAGCGCAGCUGCAGAUCCGGACUUUGAAACAAAUACUCAGGAGGGGUGGGACAUAAAAUGUUGUUGACCUCCUCUUGAAAAAUUCACUAAGACUCUAACAAACGAGGGGAGUGAGGAUUGUAAAGCCUGGCUCUUUUCGAUUCCGCGUAUCUUUUGCACCUGUCAUUGCUUGUCGAUAAAACGUUGCAGGCGCUGAACGUACGCAUACAUUCAUAAGUUUUAGUUGUUUUCAAAUUUCUUGAUAAUUUUUGAUAGGUAUGGUACCCAAAUCGACAUCGAAUAUAUCCCACUAGAGAAUGGGUGGCUUCCGAAAUCAAAGACAAGACGACAACGUGUAAUAUCAGCUUGAUCUCAAAAAUUGGCGCCGGUGCAAGAAAAACAGGGUAGUUUUUUUCUUGGGCCUGGGGCUACGGAAUUAGAUUUACGAAACACAAAUCGAAUAGAAAACGAAAUGACAUCGCUACUCGACGGCUUUCUCUUCGGACCAGCAGGAGUUGGGGCGGAGCCAGCCGCGGCGCCGUCCGGGUGGUCCUCCUACGAGGUGCAUCAGAUUCACUGGAACCCUCUGGUUUUCUGGGGCGGAUUUUUCGAAGAUUUCGUCGCGUUUUGGCAGGGAGCCCCCCUGCUGAUCGAUUUUGGCGACAACAUUCUCACCGUUCUGCUCAACCGGCUGUACGUGCUGUCCCUGGCACCCUACGUGAUUUUGGUCCUCGUCGUCCUCGUCGUCGCCAGCGCGACCGCAGCCCAGUUUGCUGUCAAAACCGCACUGCGACACAUCAACUGCUGGAUCCGCUCCUCGUCUUUUUCAACAUGGAGAAAUUUCCUGCGGCUCGGCGGACAAUCCGGUAGUGGCGCGGGUACCGAGGAACUGCGACAAACAGCAAAUCCAGGUACCUCUACUUUUCACUUCUAUUGUUUGCGCUUUUAUUUUGGCUGUACAGUACUGCUACUGAAGGAAUAGGAGAAGCACGAGUCCGUUUGAUUUUCUUGCGAUGUUCUGGGUGAGAAACGAAAGAGUCAUUAUCUUGCCAUGCAACGAUAAACGAAACUGCAACUCCAGGUGUGGCAACGCUGUCCGAAACAGAGUUGCGAAAACUUCCGGCAAUCAGCCCUACGACGCCUCUUAAAGGGGCAGCCAUUUCCAGCAAUUCUUUGCACGCCCCGGCGGCAUCAAGCAAUAGUGUUUCGCCGCCAAACUCGGGAGCGAUAGAUGCGGCUCUUGCCGCCGUCAAAGAUUUCGUCGACCGCAUCCGCUUGGGAUGCCAGCGCCGACUUUUCCCGCGCGUCGACUCCGUCAAGAGCAUUGCAAGCACCGUGUCCACCGCCGCGCCGGCUGGUGUUGAUGAGGAUCUCGACGACGGGGCGGACGCUAGUGUCUCCGAGGUCGACGUGGAUGACGACAUAGUCGAUGUGGAAGUCCCCGGAUCUUCAUCCGCACGAGUAGUCGCCGGCACAACAUCGAAGGCAUGUUCUUCGAGUUCGCCAAUCACGACGACGACCUCUUCAUCGGUACGCACGAAGACGCACAGCAAGAAGAAUCUGAAAAAUCGAGGCCACACAACAAUACAUGGCACCAGAACAGCUACCACCGCGGCGGUCGACAGCACUACAGCCUCCUCGGAUGACAAAGAUACGACAACCACCUCCUCCAACGACGCCAAGUCGGACGACGUGUCCAGCACGGCCUCCUCCAUCAAGGCAGAUCGGGAAGAAGUCGUUGAGGAAAUCAGUCGCGCAGAAAAGGUGCGCACCUUCCGCCCGGAAUACGUUGCGCCACCGGUGUUUGUGGAACAUCAAAUGCAGGCUCUCGCGGCUACAGCAGGCGGGGAGAAGCCGCUCACAGGUUCUGGGCAAGCCUCCUCGUCUAGUAGCAGCAGCCGAAUCCCGGAGGAGAAGCCGACCUGGACGAUUUACGGAAAGCAGUACGAUUUGACGAAGUUUAUGGCCUCGCACCCCGGCGGUAGCUGGCCACUGAUUCUGACGAAAAACUCGGACUGCACCAUCCUGUUCGAAUCCUACCACACCUUCAUCUCUCGGGACAAGCUCGACAAGAUGAUGGGUCCGUACGAAAUCAAAACCCCCGAAGUCGAGCGCGAAAUCGCCGCCGGGGUGAAGCGCAGGCGCCUUCCCCCGGCGGACCCGCUUCAGGAAGACCUGCGCCAGUUCGCGCGAGACUUCUUCAAGGAUCGGGCGGCCAAGCCGAAUGGUAGUAGUUCCACGGGACCACGGGGGGGCGAGCUGGGGACAAAACUCAGUUUUCAAACCGUGGGCAAGCCACAUAAUCUCACCUUCGGGGUCUGUACCUUCAUGAUUUGCGUCUACCUGCUAUGCUGGGUCUGCGUCUACUUCAUGUUCACCCGGGGCUCGCUGGUCGCGACGCUGAUGCUUCCGGUACCGAAAUUUUUAUUGCUGAUGCUGCUUAACGAGAAGCUUAUAACACAUCAAGGAAGUAGACGAGAAAGACGUCGACUAUUGCAAGAAAAUGAUCAUGCAUUUGCAUAUGACUAGGUCUAGGAGACCAGAACCAAAUUCUUUCUUUCCAAACCACAAAACAGUUGCUACAAUGGCUAUACGGUGCCUCCAUCUCCCACGACGCGUCGCAUUUUGCAGCUUUCCCGAACGACACCGUGAAUCGUAAAAAAACUACUUUUGCUUCGUUUAUUUUGAAAAGGAUAGCUAGAUAGUCCUUAACCUGAUUGGAUGACAACCUGAAAAAAUAAACUGCACAGUCGUGCUUCAUGUGCACGCUGGCUGGUCGUCUCUACUCCGCAUCAUCUUUUUUUUUGCUAUGAAUGGAGAACAAAUUCAUUGACCCAAGUUGAGAAUCAAUUGGCACGAUUUUUGCAACUGGAAACUGACUUCCUUAUCAAUAAAACAGGCUUCGCAUCGCUGAUCGGCGGAUUCCCCUUGAUGUUUAACCACGCCGCCUGGACGAUCCAGCACGUGAUUCAGCAUCAUCAGUUCACAAACCUGAUCGACGACGUGGACCUUUUUCACUUCCGCCCGCUCGUCCGAGCCAGUAGGCUGUUCAACAAAGCGGAGUGGCACACCAAGUAUGAAACAAUAGAUACCUUGCUUGCAUUUUGGACAUCUUUUGCCGUUUUCUGUCCACCGAACGCCUCCUAGUAGUAUCCCUUCGCAGGGAUUUCGGAUAGAAUUAAAUGUAGAUGACGAAAAAUGAAGAAUAAUCAUGAAAGAACUUCAUGAAGGACUUCAUGCAAGAAGAUAGAAUGAAGAAAAUGAAAAUCCACUAUCGAAAAAUCACUGCCAGGUGGCAACUUGCCCUGAUCAUCGCGGUGCUUCCGACGACGAGCCUACACCUAAACGUGAUGGUUCCGCUGGACCUCCUGCUGGAAGUGCCGGUGUUCGUGGGCCCCUUUGACGACACGGUGCCGGAGGCGCAGAAGUUCCAAUUUCGCUACGAACAGUGCCGGCACCUCAAGUCCUUGAUGAAGGACCUGUGGAAGCCGAUGGCCAUGGAACUCGCUUGCGUCGCACUGUGGUGGGUCGUCGGCGUGUAUUGCCUCGGGCCCUUCCAGUACUUUCUGCUCUUCUGCCCGAUGAUCUUCGUCGCCAGCUGGGUCUUCCUCCUCUUCACGCAGGGCGCGCACAUCAACGAGCCCUGCGAAUCGCACGUCGAAGCGAACGCGAGAAAGUACGUUUUUUAGAGAAAAGUCAUACGAUGCUCGUGCUUCUACAUUUUUGUUGACGAAGAUUUUUAGUAUGCAUUCUUCGUACAAAUUCUGCAACCGGGGGGCAUCAAAAAAAAGUUUUUUUCAAAAAAAAACUCAGGCGUCUCGAAAAGGGCACAGAUAACGUCCACCCUUACGAAAUCGUUGGCUACCAGGGCUCCACGCAGGACAUACUAAAGCUUAGCGACGAAGACCUAGCACGCGAGCCGCACCCGAACCCGAUGAUGGGUCGGUGGGUGCGAGAGCAGAUCGCCUACACAGCGGACUUCUGCCCGGACUCCUACUUCUGGUACAUAAUAUCGGGAGGCCUCAACAUGCAGAGCAUACACCACUGUAUGCCGGGGAUCAGUCACUCGCACUACACGGCCAUGUACCCAGGGUACGUUGAAGUCCUCAAGAAGCACGGAGUUGUGGUAUUGUUUUUUUAUGGUUGCACUACAUGUACAUUGUUUUUUUAUUCUAUUCAUUCUUCCAGAUCCAGAAGCAGAACGAGAACCACAUCACUAGUUGUAGAAGAACUUGGAUUGGCUAAGUAGGGCAUCGAAUCUAUCUAGUCGGACCCACCGCACGUGUCGUGUUGCAUCUAUUCCUCCAAGAACGUCAGACCAGUGACCAUGAAGAUCCCGUUAAAGUCGCGCCAGAACCGCAGUCGGAACUACAUCUAUUGCAAUUAUGCUUUGUGAAAAAAUAAACUCAACAGCCGCGGAUUGUGCCGACUUUCCCGAAGUUCGCGAUGGGUUUCUUUUCCUGGAUCAACGAACUCGGAAAUGUCGACGAAAAGGAAGAGCUAGACUGGGCUGCAGUUCAGCAGCUGCCGCUUCCAAAUAGCAGCACCGCGGCGGUAGACGAAUGGUCAGAAUCUGCGAAGCUGAAGCAGCAGUGAGAAGUAGGACUUCUUCGGAUUCCAAUACUCGUGUAAAGGAUGCUCCGAACAUAUAGCUGUACACAGCAUAACAUAAUCAUAGAAUUGUACCUUUCCCGGUGACCACACUAAGCCCUACAGUAUUAAAUUAGUUCUUCUCGUCCCCUCAAUACUAUCGACGUACAAUUUUCCUCGCUUAGGCACAACUCUCGAAGUGCGCUUUUUUCCGGGGCCAACUUCCGAAAGUUUCACCGAAGCACCUUCAUUAGUUACGCCCUGCUUACGAACCCGUUUUCAUGUUGUCGCUAUAAUCUGAAUGCAUCAGCAUGAGUAGGGAGGAAGUCCAACCUCGUCGAAACUGAAAAUUGGUGAAAGAACUAACUACAACCCUACAACCGGACUGCGGUGGUUCCGUGCGUAAGUAUUUAUGCCGACACUGGAGCCGAAGCCGAUACAGUCUGUAGUUACACCCGUAGCCGAUUUCUGUUGUUCGCUCCACAAGCUGAGAGCUACGACGGGGCAGCUGCAAGCACGGUCGCGAUCGUACGGCGAGUGUCUGCCGUUGGGGGAAAGACUGCGAAAUAUUGCAGGUUCCUUCAAUGACGUGCACGUGUUGAGGAACGGGGCAAAAAUAAAUCUGCAGUAUACUGGUUCGAGUCACGGCACUGGCUCUGCUCUGUCUACCAAAGAACGCUCGACCUACAGGUGAGCUCCUAGUUCGUCUUGUAGACGUCCUUUUAUCGAAAGCUAAGACAACAAAUCAAAACUUCAGCAUAGUACAGGGAGGGUCUCAAAAAAGCAAAACAAGAAAGUGGCAUCAAAUUGACGACCAGGAACAUACACAUAGUACAAAGCCUAUCUUGGAGAUCCUGCUAGUGCUAGAUUUAACUGAGUACAACUAGCGAGCCCCACUGCAACAGCGACAAGCAUAGGCUUUGAGUUCCGCAGGACGAAAGGCAUCACUCCACCAUGAGUCUGCUCUGCUGGUGCACUUCUACUAGUGCUCAGCAUGUUGCUGCUCUCCCGUUUUGGGGAACCAAAAAACACAAAGGUGAAGAAGAUCAUCGUCCCUAUGACCCCAACAGCACAACAAAGACCUGCUGGUAUGACUAUUGCAAGUAGAUGGAACAAGAGCAACAGGCAUUUUCCGAGCUUUUUUCCACGCCACCGGACUUUUGUGAAGAAGAAGAUGUCUACUCUUUUCCUUGCGUCUGUAUUACAGGUUCAAUGUUGUAGAAGCGCAUGUCUACUAACUUCUACACGAGGGCGAGACCACUUCUCACGUUGAUUGCCAGAGACACGUGUCAACAGCACCGCAGACAGGCCGUUGCGACCACGCCUCGACGACUUGUCGCAAGUAAACUCAUGUAGUAAAGAACCAAACGAGUAUGAUCAUCGAGCAGCGGCUUCGCCGGACAUUAAUAACUCUCUACGAGUCGUGUUCAGGUUAUAAAAUUCGACGGCGCGACUGCGUGGCUCUAAGUUCAGGGAGAUGUUAAAAUAUGUGCUUAAACAGAACCAAAUCCAAAUCUGAUUGCAAUGGUCGUCUGUUUGGUUUUAUAGCGUUUGCUUCCUCUUUAGUCUUAUGAACGUUGGUUUAACCUUUUUACCGUAGUUGGCUUCUAAUUGAUCUUUUCGUGGUCUGCUUCGAAGCUUUUUUUUCUUAUUUAACUAGGUAGCGAGGAUCGGCAACACCUUUAUGUUUAUCCUUUUUCAUGUCCAGCCUCGUUUUGCUUUCGAUUACGUAAUGUGGACCGCUAGAGGAUACAAAUACGGCGGUGACAGACGGUAGUGGUGCUGAGAAUGACCCUCGGGAUGGUUCGGGAUAGGGAUGAAGAUACCAUUCUUACGAAAUUGUAUGCAGAGUUAGACUUCCCAAUUUUCCUUUGGGUCUUAUUCCUUCACCCUCAGCGAUGAAUGUACUGCACUUCAGGUUCCUGUUGCGAACGAAAAUUGCAUGUGCAGGGAUCGCCAAAAAUAUCGCCAUCGAUAGAAUUUUUGCCGAAAAUGAUUUGUCAAAGCAGAGGACGAGGACACAAGAGCCCUACACUCCUUAUCCGCUUUUCUCUGUGCAGUGCGAGCUGGACACAACUACUGCGCGUUUGAAUAUAAUAUACUAGACUUGAAAAAUGCGAAUAUGGAUGUUGAGCUUGUUUGAGAUGGUUAUUAGCAUUAGCAAGCAUGGAUCUGAUUUAACUUCAAGUCACGCUCCUCCAGAACAAAGUAAUGGUCUUGUCUAGGUCUCUCCGGGAACAAUUACUAAUCAAUCGGGGAAUGUUUUUUGGAAUUUGGAGCAGAGGAGUCAAAGAGAAAUUCCCGGUGGCGGUCCUGUUUCGUGGUUUUACUUUUUAGCAAUUAAGUUUUUUGAUGUGUCUGGGUUGUAGUUUUUUAGUGCUUGUAACAUACAGUUUGCAGCAGGGACGAACCAGUACGAAAGCCAAAGCAACUACUACCCGACGCAUAUUUCCUCAGUACUAUGGUCAAGAAUGAUUUAUACUGCAUCUGGAGCUUGUGUUUGUACACCUGAAGACGUUCAAUUCACGAAAAUAAUCCCGAUGGGGCCUAUAUCAAAGCAGCUAGACCAACAU